UAGCAAUAGCAACAGGUCGUUACUUAUAACGCGAAUCGUUAUACGAUUGGCCGGAAUGACUUUCGAGUAUGAAAUUCACUCAAACCGAAUUCCGUAAUGGCUGACGCGUUACUUGACCAUUUCAAUAUGUAAUAUACACUAACACUCCCGCAUAUAUGUGUAUAAUAUUAUUUUGCACGAAUUAUUUAUUACUUCACAACAUUUUUACACAUAAUUUACAAUUUAUAUAUUAUAUCCACAAUUCCGAUAAAUCACUGAUGAUAAUACACUUCGAAUACGUGUAACUAGCUGACAAGCAAACGGUAGCGUCUCAAUUCGACGCCAUCGAGAUAUUUGAUUAUAGCUACUGAUUUUAAAAAAAUAUGAACUAUAAUUGCCUUGUACACAAACAAAACAAUUAUUUAGUAAAGUAGUAUUCGUAAAUUUCAGUAGAAUUUGUGAAUUAAAGCAUAGAAGUACAUAAAAAACACAACGUUUUGUUCGGAAAGCUGUAAGCGCGCGCGCACGCGCGCAUCAGGAUGAUAAUGGAGUCUGGGUCCUUGAAAACUGAAAUCGUACCCUUUGAAGAAAUCUGGUCAGCUCUCUUAGAUGGAAGAAGAAUCCCUCUCUCUACGAUAUGAGAAUGCACACUAUCCUUUUUCAACCAAUAAGAAUGAAUCCAACAUUCCCCUCCAUAAUAGAGUGUCCUUUGUGGGAGACUGAGAAAAAAGAAGAGGGGAUAAUGGCGGCGAUCUACCUGAACGAUUUUUGUGGCGGGAAUUACGGUGUUUCAACAAGAUCUUACAACACAUCAGAACAAGAAACCACCUGCCGAAAAAUAGUAUUGGAAUCUCUAGUACUCAAUGAUAAUAGUUUUUUUCCCGCCAAUAGAUAUAAUAAAACAAUAUACGUAUGCGCAGAAUCUUCAUUCAUAUUCAAUGCUUUAUAUAUGUGUAUAUGUGUAUUAUAG